AUGGUCAACGCCAAGGACCGCCCCGCGGGCAACGUCAGCGUCUCCGAGGUCGAGACGCACUUCGACGCGCGGUUGACGGACAUGUCGACCUACGACCCCUUCAUGGACAUCUCCAUGAUGUUCUACGCGAACUCCCUCCAGACCUACGUCGAGGCCUUCGAGCGCGACGGCAUCCCCUACAUGCUGCUGAAGUGGCGCGACAACUCCGGUUCCAAUAUCAUCGACGACUGCGCGGACACGGCGACGUCCGCGUCCAGCGUGUCGUCGGACUGCACGGAGGGCUCCGUCUUCUUCUCCUUGAUCGUCCACGUGCCCCACACGCAGAUCAACUUCGAGCUCGUGUCGUCGCUCGCGCCGGAGACGGCGGGCGGCAACGCGAACGUCACGGACGCGAAGGAGCGCAACGGCGCGUCGGAGCGGCCCAUCUUCGAGGACCCGACGGUGCGCAUGUCCCACAUCGCGUUGAGCUUCGCCGGGUCCGCGCCGCCGGGGUCCGACGACCUCGUGCCGCUGGCCAUCUCCGAGGCGACGUCCGACAUGGCGACGGUGACGGAGUACUACACGACGAUUUUGUCCGCGGACGUCGACUACGACUCGGAGGACUCCGACGACACCAUCGACGGCUACACGAUGAAGAUCUUCCGCCUCCCGGGCGCGCCCAUGCCCGUCAAGGUCGUCCAGCGCCACGUCGAGUCGAACUACGCGUUCGGCGUCACGGAGCUCGAGGUCGCCAAGAACAGCGCCCACAAGGAGUCCUACGAGUCGCCCAUCUGCGGCUUCGACCAGUACAUGGACAACCACUUCGACCUCACGCAGUACGACUACCCCGUCGACGAGUGGACGACGCGCCUCUCGGACUACGGCUACAAGUGGCACUGCAACCGCGUCGGCUUCGGCUCCCUCGACAUCUACGCGACCAAGCCCUCCGGCGACGUCAUCCAGCUCGACGGCUACCUCACGGACCCGGGCAUCGACUACAUGCUCAACCUCGGCUGCUACAACGUCUCCAACGUGCUCUUCCACAUGUGCUCCCAGGGCAAGUGCUCCUGGAAAUCCGAGAACUACUCGCCGGGCGACUCCACCGACGACCCGGAGGACGCGUCCUCAUCCUCGACGGACGCGUCCUCCGCGACGACCGCGACGACCGUGCCCCAGCGCAAGCUCUAG